GCAGGAUUCCCCGGAGCCCCGCCCCCUUCGCGGUUUCUAUUUAUAACACUGCAACAGCCGCUUUUUGACAGCUACUGUAGGACCAGAUGCUGCAUAAGCAGCACCACCCUCUGAACACAGCCUCACGUUAACGGAUGCAACUUCACGCUAAGCCAACAGACGUCAUUGUUCAGAGAUAACUGUAUUUUGAGUUUUAUUUCCUUACUCCCGUCACGUCAACGUGUUUGUUGUAGUUUUUUUUUUUCUUUCUCAUCAUUGAUACAAGCCUGAUAUAAAAACGAUGACAGAAGGGAACAAUAUGCCAGAAUGUGAUCCAGCGGGUAAAGAUGAGGUGCCCGUCGGCGUGCCCGCGGAGGAGAAGCAGUCUGAGGAGGAGAGGAAGGAGAACGGGGACAGCAAAGUGUCCGUUUCGGAGCCACCCGCGGCUCCUGGAGCGGAGGAGGUCGAGUUUGUACACCCAGAGGGCGGCUGGGGGUGGCUGGUCAUGCUGGCUGCCAUGUGGUGUAACGGCUCGGUGUUUGGGAUCCAGAACGCCUUCGGGAUCCUCUUCCUCUCCCUCCUCCGGGAGUUCGGCUCCGAGGACGAUGAAGACCUCCGCUUCAAGACAGCACUGGUGGGCUCCCUCUCCAUGGGCAUGAUCUUCUUCUGCUCUCCCAUCGUCAGCAUCUUCACCGACAUCCUCGGCUGCAGAGUCACAGCAGUGGGCGGCGCUGCUGUCGGCCUGGUCGGCCUGCUGGCCAGCUCCUUUGUCACGUCCCUGGGCCCCAUGUACUUCACCUAUGGCAUUGUGUUUGCCUGCGGCUGCUCUUUCGCCUACCAACCCAGCCUGGUCAUCCUGGGCCACUACUUCAAAAAGCGCCUGGGUCUGGUGAACGGCAUUGUGACGGCCGGCAGCAGCAUCUUCACCAUCACGUUGCCCUUUGUGCUGUCGGGCCUUCUGGAAAAAGUGGGCCUCCAGAACACCAUGCGCGUCCUCUGCAUCCUCAUGUUUAUUCUGAUGCUGGCCGGCUUAACCUACAAGCCCCUGCUGCCAGCCAAAUCCUCCAACAGCCGCACGGGCAGCCGGUGCCCACCCAUGAGCCAGAUCUUCAACAUCAAUAUCUGGAGGUCUGUGGGAUAUCGCAUUUGGGCCUUCGGUGUCCCUGCAGCCCUCUAUGGCUACUUUGUGCCUUAUGUUCACCUGAUGAAGCAUGUAGAGGAGCGUUUUGGGAAAGAGGCCAGUAAAGAAGUUCUGCUCAUGUGCAUCGGCAUCACGUCCUGUGUGGGCCGUCUCAUCUUCGGCAGGGUGGCAGACUACGUUAAUGGAGUCAACAAAGUCUACCUGCAGGUAACCUCCUUCUUCGUCAUUGGCCUCAUGUCCAUGAUGAUCCCUCUGUGCAACAUCUUCGGCGGGCUGAUCGCCGUGUGCCUGCUGAUGGGGCUGUUCGACGGCUGCUUCAUCUGCAUCAUGGCCCCUAUCGCCUUUGAGCUGGUCGGGGACAAAGAUGUGUCCCAGGCCAUCGGCUUCCUGCUGGGCCUGAUGUCCGUGCCAAUGACUGUGGGGCCCCCCAUCGCAGGCUUCCUGAGGGACAGACUGGGUAGCUACGACGUGGCCUUCUACCUGGCAGGUAUCCCCCCAAUCUUCGGAGGCGCCGUCCUCUGUCUGAUACCCUGGGUGGAGGCCCGGCGCAAGAGGAAGGAGAAGGAGGACGCCUUGAACAAAGAGCAGGGUCAACUGCUGGCCGGCCAGAAGCACGAUCACGAGAAGGCUCAGGAAGACGCGACUAGCAAAACUGGAGAGUCUGUCCUCUAAGUGUCCCGCCGAACCGACUGAAAGAGACAAACACACACAAAACGGGGUUCAGACUGACACUGCUGAGUUCUGAGAUACAGUAGGAGUAAGAUUGGAACAACUGCCUUCAGUAGAAGAAAAUGCCAAAGUGAUGAAACAUAUCAGUUAAGAGUUGGGGGUUGAAAGGUUGAAGUACAGAUCCCGAAGAACUAUGCAUUAGAUUGUUUUGACUGAACUAAUCUCAAAAACAGCAGACACAAACUUGAGGUCUUACAUGAAAACUGAGAAAACAUUUCAUUUUUAUUUUUCACAAGGGAAAGAAGAGGAGGUGCUGUGCUGGUCUAUAAAUGCGGUGUAUUCACAGCUUGAGCCAGUGUCUCAACCCAAAAAAACUCUUUCAGAUGGACUUUCUUUACAAUCAGUUUUCAACACUAACAUAUGUUUGUUGUUUUUAUGUAGAAACAUAGCAUACAAAGAUUUAGUCAUCAAAUUGUCCACGACAGGAACCCAGUCAUGUGUGGGAACAUAACUUGAUUUAGCCUCAAUCAACAUCUUUUGUUUUUGCGUCAUCGCAAAGCAAACCGGUCUGCAAAACAUUUGUCCUUUAAACCUGCCAUCUUCAUUGUGUCCAGUGUCCCUCAGACAGGACAUUUCUUAAAGCCAAAAAUUGUAAAUACCGGGGGGGUAAUGUGUUGAUAGUGUUUCAAAGGGACAUCCGGAGGUCCUCAUUAGUGUUAGUCCUGAAGCUCUGGGAUCGUCUGAGCUGUAAGGGUGCUCAGACACUUGAAGGGAAGCAGCUUUUAGGCACAAUGGUUCUGGUCUUUCCUCCAGGCUGGAUCCAGGAAAUCACUUCUUUUAUACAAAGAGCUGUACUCAAGGCUGGAUUACCAAAACAAGGCCCCGAGGGGCCAAAAUCUCCAACCUUCAGCAUGUCUCAGUUAGUUUGUUGUAAUAAAUUGCAUAUGAGUUUGAGAAUUCUGUGUGAACAUAGUGUAGACUGAAAUGAACUAAACCUUAAGGCAGUGUUGUAGUACUCAAGAUCGAAGGUCUAGGUUCUUGUCCCGGAAUCAACCACAUUUUAACUCGGCCUUGGAUAAAGAGGACUCUGGAUUUUAUUUCAAGACCCGUCAAGACCACAACUGCAUGGAUUUUGCUAAACAGCCUGUGCAUUGUCUGAUUUAGGUGUGUGUUAAAAUUGUCAAAUGCAACCAAUAACUUGACUUACACUAAUUUAAAAUGUGUUCCCUGAGACCCCCCUCUUCCUGUCCCCUUUACACACACUCCCAAGAAAGAGAAUGUGGGAGACAUAAGAAGAAGCUCUGGCUGUCUAACACAAAUCUGGUCUUGGUCUUGACUCAGUCUCACCCUGCCUUGGUCUUAGUCUUGUUCUUGACUCUAUCUUGUCCUGCUUUGGUCUCGACUCGUUCUCGCCCUGCCUUGGUCUUGGUCUUGACUCGGUCUCGCCCUGCCUUGGUCUUGGUCUUAACUUGGUCUCGCCCUGCCUUGGUCAUGAUUUUGACAUGGUCUCGCCCUGCUUUGGUCUUGGUCUUGGUCUUGACUCGGUCUCGCCCUCUCUUGGUCUUGAUCUUGGUCUCGACUCGUUCUCGCCCUGCCUUGGUCUUGGUCUUGACUCGGUCUCGCCCUGCCUUGGUCUUGGUCUUGACUCUGUCUCGCCCUGCCUUGGUCAUGAUUUUGACAUGGUCUCGCCCUGCUUUGGUCCUGGUUUUGACUUGGUCUUGCCCUGCCUUGGUCUCGGUCUUGACUCUAUCUCACCCUGCCUUGGUCUUGGUCUCGCCCUGCCUUGGUCUUGGUCUUGACUCUGUUGCGCCCUGCCUUGGUCUUGGUCUUUUCUUGGUCUCUAUACACUCUGUUCUUGGGGAUGGUGGUUUUGGUUAAGGUGGCCUCAACUACAACACUGCCUUAAGGAGACCUCUGCAUUAUUACAUCAUCUUGAAGGUCCCUCUGUGAGCAGGGGGCCCCAGGUAAAAUCUACAUUUCAAUUAUUUAAGUUUAUACUAAGCUUAUAUGGUGUAUAUUCCAAGGCUGCAUAAUAUGGAAAAUAUGAGAUAAUGCUGUUGAAUAUCGCGAUAACGGUGAGACCUGCGAUAAAUGAACAGAUAUUAAAUUGUACUCAGUUCUGCCUUUCUUUUGCCUUUAGUAUUCUGGUAAAAUUCAAAUGAUUGAAAGUCAAUUAUUUCCAACAUUCUUUGAACACUGAACUGAAUAUGAAAGGCAGCACUGAAGAAAGAAUUAAAGUUACAUUCUAUAGUGCAGAUUUCUGCUGAUAUUUUCUAUCAACUAGCACAAACAAUCUCUGCGUGUCUUCCACAGUGUGUCGCAACCUCUCAAGAUGUGCUUAUUAUGGCAGUUAAUAAUGCAAUGAGUAUUAGUAUUAGAGCUAUUGUGCAGCCCUAGCAUGUGCCUACAUGCAAUUUUGGUUUGUUGAAUUACCACACACUUAUGAAUGAUUAACUAAUACAAACCCAAUCCACAGAGGGGUGGAGGAAGUUUGUGAUUAAUAUUUUUAAAAGGAAGAGUUUGACAUUACGGGAACUAUGCUUAUUCGCUUUUUUGUCAGUAAGAUGAGAUAAUAUAUACUGACAAUUGUUAGCCGGCGGGUAAGCUUAGCUUAGCAUUAUUCUUAUUCCAUAAGACUGGAACUGAAAGGCUGUAACUAUAUAUAUAUAUAUAUAUAUAUAUAUAUAUAUAUAUAUAUAUAUAUAUAUAUAUAUAUAUAUAUUUAUUUAGGCUCUUUCCUCAAGAAAAAGGGAUGUGUUUUUAAUUAAAACAAAGGAGCAAUUUAACAUCAUUUUAGACCCAUAUAAUCAUCAUACCUAUGUCUAAAACGUUGGUAAAGCAGAUAAUAAAUAAACAACACUCAAAAAGCUUGCUAAAGAAGUACAACUACAGUCGUUAGAUCUGAAAAAGAAAAGUCUUUUAGUUAGUUUGAUGCUUUUUUUUCCCAUUUGUUUUGCUGCUUUUCGCCACAUUUCACAUUCAUUCGGCUUAGGUGCUGACAAACAAACGGCUCAGGUGCUGCACCUAAGACUUAGAAUGGUAGGGAAAACCCUGAGGAUGUGUGAUCUCAUUUGCAUAAUCUGUACAAAAAAAUGAAUGUAAAAGAAAAAUAUACGGCAUGGUUAUGUGCUGAACUAUUUCUUCGCGGGGUGCAAAAGAUUUCCUCGCAUGAUUCCAGUAACAACAAAAACUCUUAACCAGCACAUCACAGUACACCAGCUUUCCGUUAUGAACCGAAAAAUUGGAUGUGUUGACAUUGUGUUUGUGUAUAUGUCUAUUAAUCGUCCGCAGUAUUGAUAUUGAGCAGUAUUUUCUUUCAAAAUGAACCAGAGGUGAGACUGAAUUUCAAGUUUUUGUUUUGUUUUGUUUUCUCUGUAAUUUGGUCCAAUAUUUUCCGCACAGACUUUCGUUGUGUGACAUAAAAAUGUUACAAUGCC